AUGGCAUCUAACUUCGUGGCCAAUGGCGAUGAGAUCAACGAGCAGCACCACGACUACCACCAUCACCACGGCCACCACCACCACCAGGCGCCGUCGCCGCGCGGUCAGGGGCCGUCACCGCGCGGGGUUCGGCGGGCGUUGUCCUCGAACUCAGCGGCCUGCGGCCAGGGCGCCGCCGGCGGGUCGAUCCCCAAGUGCGUGUGUGCUCCCGCCACCCAUGCGGGUUCCUUCAAGUGCCGCCUCCACAGGACGAACUCCCACGGCCACUCGCCGCCCUCCCCAACCUCGAUCCCUCCUCCUCCGGCACCCGUGAACUCAUCCCGCACCCCUACCGUGGAAGCUCAGUGA